AUGGAAACGACGGGACCCAACAAUGUCCAAACGGAGAAACGAUCUCUUACGACCUCGGCGACGGUGGCGCCGGCGUCAGCGCUUAAGGGAUUAACAUCGCCAGUGGCCGCUUCGGGAGAGACCACAAGCAAAAUCGAUGCUGGCGCUGCGCCGCGUGGCAAGAGGAGCAAAUCAGGCUUCGUACCGCGAUCAGGACAGAAGAUUAAGGGCUCAACGGUGAAGAAAUUCUUAGGCGUAUCAACGUCUUCGAAGGACAAGCCCAAGGAAGGAAGCCGCAUCAUCAGCAGGAAGCUCAGCGUCGUGGAGGAGACUGGAGCGGGUACUCCCACCGAAGGACGGCCUACGGAGAAGACACAACAAAUUGAAUCGUUCGCUCGGCGGCUGGAGAGCGACCUGAUGUACCUGCAGGAUAUCUACGCCAAGCUGCAGAACCACACGGCCACCACUGCGCAGGGCACUGAGGACGGCAAACAGCUAGCAAAGGCCUUCCUUGAGUACUCGAAGCAAAACGGCGGGGAGUAUGGUGAAUGCCUGCACGCUGUUGCUGCCUUCCAAGUUGGUAUGGAGGAGACCAAGCUCAAACUGAGCAACGCUGUGAUCGAAGUUUUUGCAUCCCCGGUCAAGGAGUUCAUUGAUACGACCCUGCCUGAAGCUUUGCGAAGCAAAGACAGGUAUGAUGAGGCCCGACUAGCCAAUAUUGAAGCUGAUGCCAAAAUGAGCAAACAAAAGCCCGGCAAGGCCACUAUCACGACACAGAUCGAGUACAACAAGGCCAAGUAUACGUACGAGCGAACACAAGAGGAGGCUGUCAAUACACUCAAAGAUUCUAUCAAAGAGGUCAGCCAGGAUACACUCAUUCAUUUAUGCGACUACCUCGAUGCCUACGGUCAGUUCUUCGCCCAGGGUCAGCAGAUGCUGAGCAGGUUGCAGCCAUCGAUCGAGCGGUAUCGCGAAUACACCCAGAGGCAGAAAGACGAAGACCGACAGCAUAAAGAAGAGCAGGAGCGAAAGGAAGCCGAAAAGCGCGAGGCCCUCGUCCUGGAACAGAAGAAAUACGCCGAGGAAGGCAAUACCUCACUUUUUGGCGCGCCGCUGCAUGUGCUCUACGAAAAAGAGGGCAUCAGCCCACCGCAAGUGCCCUCCCUUUAUCAUGUGCUCAUCAAGUAUAUUCGAGAGCAUGGGCUUAAGGAAGUUGGCCUAUUUCGAAUGGCGGCGGCCCAGAACGCAACAGCUCAUAUUAUGAAACUGAUCCUUACCGCGUCCGGACGGCCGAUAGAACUCGAGGGCGAACUCGAUCCGCAUGCGGUGGCGGGCGUGCUGAAGAAGCUGCUGCGACAGCUGCCCGAACCUCUGCUCACCUUUGAACUGUGGGACAAAUUCGCUGUCGUCAUCACGGUCGUCGAGCUGUGCACGGAGGUGACGAGCCAUUCUGCCUUCAACCGAAUGAGCCCUUCGGGCCUUGGAGCGCUUUUGGGUCCCAACCUGGCGUAUCCGGCGGUGUCUGAGGAUGCUGAUCUGCUGCGCGACAUGAGCGUGGCCAACCUCCUGGUGGAGUCCCUGAUUCAGCAUUAUGGUAAGCUGUUUGGAGACGGAUCCGCCGCAUGCUUGAGCGAUUGUACAGGCGGGGCGAGGAGCAAAACGGUCGACCACAACCUUGAAUCGGAGAGCGAUGACGCUGGCGAAGAAUUGACGGACGAAACCACCGACGAUGACGAGCGGCCGCGGCACAACAGUAUCAGCGCCGGUGGCGGCGGCGCUACCGAAGACUUUGCGUCGCUCUACGAGCGGGAGGUCGUCAGAGGGGUGGGGUGGAGCAGCAACGACGCGAGUGGCGAUGACACCAAAAGCGGUAGCUUCAUUGGUAGCGGCAUGGCCAGCGGAAGUGGAAGCGGUAUCGGAACGAAGUCGACAGCUUCCAGAAGUGUCGGCGCGGACGAGGCGCCGACGGCGCACUCUGCGUCCAUGGAAGCCACUAGCGCGCUGUUCCAUCUCAAGGAGUCGCGUGGCAAGAGUCACGCGCGGACGCACAGCGGAACGAAGAUCGCCGAGGCGUCAAUCCCCUACGACGAAGACUCACCAUCGCCAGCCACGGGCAACAGUCCCUACAACCGGCUGUCGCGACAGCUCACCUUCACCUUUGGCGGCAACGCAGACGACGAGCGACGAGAGAGCAAGAAGAAGGACGGCCAGAAGAAGGAUAAACACAAAAAGAAGGAGAAGAAAGAGAAACGAGAAAAGGACAGCAAAAAGGACAACGAGGAAAAGAAGCUCGUGUCGCUCGCCCUCAAACAAGCGACAACGCCGGCGGCCACCGCCAAGCCCGAGCAGCAGAAACUGCCCUCGCCGCGAAAACGAACCAAGGACACCAAGGAAGCCAAGGACGCGACCGGCAAGCCCGGCAACGACCAGCAGCAGCCGGAGAAGGAGAGCCCUUCGCCAGCAACUACUGUGCAACUGCAACUGCCCCCCAAGUUGGCGCCUAUGGAGGUGGAGAUGGACAUCGCGCUCAAGGCCUUUAACGUCGGCCAGGACGCCGACGAGCUUGUCAAAGAGGUGGCUAUUGACGACCUCGGGACAGCCCGGUGCGAACGACCCGCGCGCGUGUUGCUCCGUCGGUCGCUCAGCGGCAACAUCCCCAGUGCGGCGGUGUCCAAGCGGCGCGGAAGCACGCGAGGUGUUGAGGUGAAGAAGCGAACGUCGUGUCUGUCGACCCUCACGCUCUACAACGAAGAGCUGCUGGACAAGACGAUAGAGGAGAUCUUCCACACGGGCUCAUACUCGGGCUGGCUGGUGGUGGGGUACAAGGACUCUGCGACGUUGGAGUUACAGGGCUCGGGCGUAGGCGGCGUGGACGAGCUGGUGAGACACCUCAAGGACACCGAGGUCCAGUUUGCGCUCCUCCGCCUGCCUAUCAUCUCACAGGAGGACGUAGACCCUUCCAAGUCCAUGAUUUCACGGGACAUCUUCAUCGGUUGGAUUGGACCCAAAGUGGGGAUCGUUCAGAAGGGCAGGAAGAAGGCGCACGUCGGUGAAGUCAAGGAGCUCCUCAAGCCGUUCCACGCGGAGCUGUUUGCGCUGCGGCGGACCAACUUCACUGAGUCCGUCGUGCGGGACAAGUCGGGACCGAUCUCGGGUUCGCACAUGAUAGACUGA